GGGGGUGGGGGGAGGGAGGUUAUGUGUUCUUACAGCCAGCUCCACUGUGCUUGCAGACAGGAGAUUAAACCACAGAUGGUGAGUGAGUCUGAGGGUGAAGAAAGAAGAAACUCAGUCAGGUCUGAUCCCUCAGUAUUCUCCAGCAGCCCUUGCUAAGGGAGUUGGAUGGGUGAGGAAAGGGAAGGGUAACCCAGCAGGGCCGUUUUAACAGAGAAAUCACGGAGUUAAAUGCUGGAUAACAAGCAGAAGGAGCUAUUGCAGAUAAGGGCAAGCAAAGCUGAGGAUGUGAAAUCGUGUCUGCUGCUGAAUGUACAGGAACUGGAUUGGGAAAUCCCACUGCUGGUGCAGUGAACAGGAAUCAGAUGGUUACCUGCCCCUCCAGCUCCUUGGUGAGCCCCAAAUGUUCUGAGGGUCUCAAAUCCACCGUUGGUAGAUGACCUUUGUCAGCGCAGCAUGAGCAGCGGGUACAGUAGUCUGGAUGAAGAGCUCGAGGAUUUUUUUUUCACAGCCAAGACCACCUUCUUCAAGAGUGCACAGAGCAGAGCCCCUGCCAAGAAUGUAACAAAAACAGCAGAAGAAGAAAAACCCAAAGCUCCCACGACCCAGGAGAUUGAACAGAUAAUCAAUAGUUACAAUGCCAAGGUUACAAAUUGCUUCGUGAUGAAGCUGAAUGAGGAUGGCACUUACACGGGCUUCAUUAAAGUGCACUUGAAACUGCGCCGGCCUGUGACGGUGCCAGCAGGGAUUCGGCCGCAGUCUAUCUACGAUGCCCUCAAGGAGGUGAACCUGGCUGAUAUGACCGAAAAGAGAACUUCCUUCUACUUGCCGCUGGAUGCAGUCAAGCAGCUGCACAUCAGCAGCACGACCACAGUCAGCGAGGUGAUCCAGGGGCUCCUCAAGAAGUUCAUGGUGGUGGACAACCCUCAAAAAUUUGCACUUUUCAAGGAGAUGCAGAGAGAUGGGCAAGUUCUCUUCCAGAAGCUCUCUCUAACAGAAUACCCCUUGUAUCUCCGGCUGCUGGCUGGCCCUGACACAGAUGUCCUCAGUUUUGUGCUGAAGGAAAAUGAAACGGGGGAAGUUGAGUGGGAUGCAUUCUCUAUCCCAGAGCUACAAAAUUUCUUAAUGAUAUUGGACAGAGAGGAAAAAGACAAAAUUCAGCAAGUACAAAAGAAGUACAGCAAGUUUAAACAAAGACUGGAGGAGACUUUGAAAGAAGCAGGAGGAAAACCUGGAUAACCAAACACAAAGCAUGUAUAGUAUCAGACUAAACUAGAUAUUAUUUUUUAAAAGAGACGUCUCAGGACACCUCAGAUUUGUCUGACCCUUUCUCCCUCUUCCUCUGUCUGAGGAAUGAUGCACCCCACAAGGAGACAAGUGUUGCAUUUCUUUUCCCUCAGACAUUAUCGCUGGAUCACAGCCAGUCAGUAAGAAUGGAAACCCUCAAUUUAAAUCUGCAGGCCCUCAAUAAACCAAAUAGAGCUGCUGCACAGCUUUCAGUUGUUGCAUUGAGUCACCAAGCAGGGAAACUUCAUGGCAACAGCUGAAUGUUAAAUAGGAAUAUCUACUGGGUAAUUGUGUUGGGCAGGAUAGAACUGCAUUUUUUUUCACCCUCUCCUGCCAACUUGCCUAUGGGCUUUGUUUUAAGAUGCUGCAGCUGCCUUGUGUGUGGUGGUUGUGUUGUGUAGUUCCGUCAUUUCAUAAGUUAGGUGGCAUCACAGGAAGCAGCAGAUAAAGCAACAGGGCUCGGUUGCACCAGAUUAUGUGCAUGUUGCAGCUGUCGAAGAUGCCAAAACAGAUUGUUGCACAAUUUUAAGAUGUCUACUGAAACAUAAGUCAGAUGCCAAGGAGGCUCCAAGUCCACCGUAGUCUUUCCAGUAGGUUUUACUGGUAUUUUAGAUUACCUUUUUUUAAAAAAAUUCUCUAGAAUGAAGGUUAAGUAGGAUAUGAGUGAAAUUCGGAUUGUUUGGUCAGCCAGUCUCCACCUGGAGCAAAUGUUCCCUACUGCUGAGUGUGGCUAUUCUGUGUAUUGCCAGUUUCCCACUCAGGGACCAGUGUUUUACAGAUUUACUCUUUUUACAUGCAAGAUGGUUGAGGUGGGAACAGGGAUGAUGGUUCAGUUCAGAAACCUUCAAAACUGGAGCACAAUCUCCAGCCCUGCAGAGGAACAGCAACUGCCUAGCCUCCUGCAGCUUGUCUCCCAAUACCCUCUCACCUCCUGUCCUUGCACCCUCACCCAACCACCCACAGAGCCUCUGCAUCCUCCCACUGUCUUCCUUCUGCAUGUAGACAAGAGGCUGCUAGGUUCCCUGUAUGACUACUACCCUGCCAUGUGUGGUGCUUAGAGCUGGGAGAAUGCAACAAGAAUGUCCUUAUUCACCAUUCUCUCUCAGAGCAACAGCUUAGCCUUUUACAGAUAGAUAGUGUUGCAGUUGGAGACAACCCAGUUAUUGCUAUUAAUCCAGUCCUAGCUCUUGGUUACACACACCUCUAUGUGGCUGGUGUAAGGUUCCUCAUGUUAAGGACUCCAACUUAAAAAUUAUACUACUGUCUGGAAAGCUUUAAGGUGUUACUUUUAACAGGUUAUUUUUCCAGUGUUUCCUCUUAAUGCAUUGGAUUAAGCACUUUAUGUGUAGUCGGUUUCACUCUUUCCCUUAUCUGCAUGGAUCCUUCACACAGCAGCAAAGGGAUGUGUGAAAAGGAAUGGUGAUGGUAAAGCUAUGAAAAGGAGUAGGUGCAGCUGGAACACCUGAAAUGACUUUAAACUGACUACCUGAGUUGAAAGCAUCCCCUGAAACUUGUUAUAUGGUGAAAUGAUUCCACUUCAGCGGUCCAGGUCCACUAGAUGCAAAGUGAUGACAGAAGGCAAUUUUAAGAGUCUCAGAUUUACCUCAGUGCCUUUUUUUAAGUGUAAAAUCUUUACUGUAAAGCUAAUGAGGAUCAUCGGUUGGGAAGGGCUUUUCUGAAAGACCUCAGUCACUUUUUCCCCUCUGCCUGUUCUCUGAAGUACUGUAGGGAUGAAGCUGGUUUUGUGGGGGGAGGAGGAAGGAAUUGUCAAUUCUGCCCCCCCACCCCAAGGUGACUAUAUGUUUGUUUUUGGUUUUUUUCCAGUUUUAUAUCUAAGCAUGUUUUAAAUGGGAGAAAGUGACUGCAAUGCUUAGCAAGCCCACCACCGUCUAGAGACGCCACUUUGUGUCACAGCUGGUAGCUUAUGUUUUAGCUAGUAGCAUAGACAGACUUGAUAAUAGGGCUGCAGGGCAGGGAAAGGCACCUUGCUGUACUGUAUUCCUUUCCCAGGUGACCUUUAACAACCAUGAGGUAGCAGCGCAGGCUUUGUGGGUGUUUGCCCACUUGUAAGAUGGGGAGAAUACUUGCUGACUUCACAAGUACAUUGUGAGGUCAGUAAGUAGCACUUAGUGCUUUCAAGGUCUGAAGCACUAUGUACAAAUAUUGACUGAGCAGAAAGAAGCACACUGUAAAAUGUCAUUGCUUCUGAAAAGCAAGAUCCAGAUUGUUUUUAACUUCAUCUCGUCUUGCUGGCUAGAAGUUUUAUGAGUGUUUUUACUGAUUCCCUCUCCCCCCCACCCCCCCCGGACCCCUAG